AUGAUGGCUGAAUUGGUGGCCCGAACGGGUCGGCAUCAGCAGCGAUACGAACACGGGUAUCGCCUUAUUGCCGGGUGUGUGCCAUUUAGAUAUAGAGAUGGUGAUGACUGUGGGGGUUCUUCUAAGAUUGUUGAAGUUCUUAUGAUUAAUUCAACUAGCGGACCAGGUCUUUUGUUUCCGAAGGGAGGUUGGGAGAAUGAUGAAACUGUUGAGCAGGCUGCUGUAAGAGAAGCUAUUGAAGAAGCAGGAGUUCGAGGAGACCUAAUGGAUUUUCUUGGGUUCUAUGAGUUUAGGAGUAAAACCCUCCAAGAUGAGUGCAGUCCAGAAGGUUUAUGUAAAGCAGCAAUGUUUGCCUUGUUUGUGAAGGAGGAACUUGAGUCAUGGCCAGAGAAAAGCACCAGAAAAAGGAGUUGGUUAGCUGUGUCCGAGGCACUGGGAAGCUGCCGUCAUGCAUGGAUGAGGGAUGCCUUGCAAUGCUUCUGUAAAUGGCAUGAGGAAUGCAAGGGAGGAUCAAGGGGGCAAUGA